CCAAUUAUAAAUACCCACUUCUCUCUCCCUUGUGUCCUUCUUACAGCACACCUCGCAAUUGCCACUUUACCCUUUCACGCCCUUCCCAUGACUCGUAUUCUCAAAUCCACUGAGAACUCCACCUCCGUCGCCGCCGCUGCCACCAUCACCGCAGCAGCGCCGCCUCCGGAGGCCGUCGCUUUGGAAUCAGACUUCGUGGUCAUCCUCGCGUCUCUGCUCUGCGCUCUCAUAUGCACCGUGGCCCUCAUAGCUGUCUGCCGAUGCACCUGGUUCCGUCGCGGUGGAUCCGGAGCCGGCGGUGGAGCUCCGGGACAGUCUCUGGCCAACAAAGGUCUCAAGAAGAAGGUGCUCCAAUCCAUGCCGAAAUUCACUUACAUUGACAGCAAUUCUGAGAAGUGGUUGGCCGCGUCGGAGUGCGCGAUUUGCUUGGCCGAAUUCGUCGGAGCUGACGAGAUCCGAGUUCUUCCGCAGUGUGGCCACGGCUUCCACGCGGCGUGCAUAGACACCUGGCUUGGGUCCCACUCUUCGUGCCCCUCGUGUCGGCAGAUUCUUGUUCUGCCUCCGAGGUGCCGUAGGUGCGGCCUUUACCCGGCGGUUCGCGGCGGUGAAGCUACCGGAACUAGCGGUAGUGAACCAGAGCUCAAGUCCAGACAUGAUGAUAAUGCCACUACAGCUAAUAAUGAUUAUGCUAAUAGCUCGACUAGCCACCACCAACGGCCCAGAGAUAAUGUUGGAUUCCUUCCAUAAAUUGAAAAAAAGAAACUGGUAUUUUUUUUCUUAAUGUAAUCCUAGAAUUUUUCUUUCUUAGAUUUGACUAAUUAGGGGGAUGAUAUUUGGAUUUUUUUUUCCUUCAAAUUUUCAUGUUUCAAAUUGGUAAUCUUCCAAAUUAUGUACUGUCUCAUACGUUUUAAAUGAUUGGAGUAUGAUCCAUGUAAAUCAAAUAAGGACAAAAAAAUUACAAUUUUCUAUUCA